UUUCAUGAAAAGGAGACUUUUAAUCAUAAUAUUAUUAUAACAUAACUGCAAUAUCAAUGGACAUUUUGUAAACAUUAACAGAUCCUUGCUUGGAAUUCUCUGAAAUAUAGAAGUGUUAAAAAAAACACAAAUGCCUACCAGUAAUCUAUGUUUCUACAAAUCAAACAUAUAACCAGAUCACACACUAGCCAGUUAAACUAUUUAAGGGCAGUAGAAUCCUAUCCUUUUAAGUCAACACAGACAUAUUUUUGUCCCCUCAGUUCCUCGUCCAUGCCCCUCUGCCCCCAACCCUCGCUUAAGAGACAAUUAGAAUUUGCACGGUUUUGAAUUUUUAUGUGCAAGUAUGGAUGAUCCAGGAGAAGCCAUACUUUCCUUUUAAAUGCAUCGUCACGAUUUUUUCUGACAUACCUCAUACUUCCGGUAAGUGAGGAAAUAUUAAGCCCUCAAAUCCAGAUAAGGUACUACUAUAGAUGGAAGUUGCAGCCCCAGUAAACCCAAAUCAAUGUAGAAUGAAGAAAAGUCACUUAAAAAGCUGUUGAACAUGCAAAAAGACGAUCGUAUUCUUAAAAAAAAAUUGCCUAAUCGGAAUAACUGUUACUGCUGACUGAAAGCACUUGAAAACAGAGAAAUUGCCUGUCCUGGGUGUCCUGUGGCGAGUGAGCCAUGUGAUCAUCUUUUAGCGCCUACCUUCGCGCAGCUCAGCGGUCGUCACUAUAUAAACACAAACAAGGCGCCAGCAGGAGCGACUGAAUCGAAGCAGGGGAAGCGAAGGCUAGAGAUAACAAGGUCUGUGCUAAAAGACGGUCACAGCGUCCUUGAAAAAAUCUUAUCACGUAACGUUCACUAAACGAAGACGCUGACUCAUACCGUUUUGUGACAUUCAGCUCAUCAUGGCUCAUCUGAUGUUAACCUUUCUCUUGGCUGUCAGCUUUUCUGUGGCAUUGUCAGAACUUCUGAUCAAAGACAAUGCUUGGCACGCUUGGAAAGAAUUCCAUGAAAAGAAAUAUGAAUCUGACGACGAGGAACAUUUGCGUUACACCAUUUGGAAUGAGAACCUCAAGUACAUUAAUAAACACAAUUCUGAAGGGAACAGCAAGUUCAGACUUGAAAUGAAUCACUUAGGAGACAUGACAAGUAAAGAAGUUCAUUUGAUUUUAAAUGGCUACAACAGUGCAUACAGGAACACUAAGAACAAAGAGUUAGUGGCAUCUGCCUUCCUUCCACCAAACAAUGUUCUGCUACCAAAGGAAGUUGAUUGGAGAACAAAGGGUUAUGUGACACCCGUCAAGAAUCAAGGCCAGUGUGGAUCAUGCUGGGCUUUCAGCACAACUGGUUCACUGGAAGGCCAGCACUUUAAGAAGACAGGAAAACUGGUCUCUUUGAGUGAACAGAAUCUGGUUGACUGCUCAGAAAAGUUUGGAAAUCAUGGAUGUGAAGGCGGUUUGAUGGAUAAUGCCUUCAAGUACAUCAAGGCAAACGAUGGAAUUGACACAGAAAAGAGCUAUCCCUACCUUGCUAGGGAUGAGACCUGCCAUUUUAAUGCAUCAUCUGUCGGUGCUGACGACACUGGUUUUGUAGAUGUUACAAGUGGAGACGAAGCAGCCCUGAAGGUUGCUGCUGCUACUGUGGGGCCCAUCUCUGUGGCAAUUGACGCAUCGCAUAUGUCCUUCCAGUUCUACAAGGAUGGUGUUUACGAUGAACCUGAAUGUAGCAGCACUGAGCUGGAUCAUGGUGUGUUGGUGGUGGGUUAUGGAACAACACCGGACGGCAAGGAUUACUGGCUUGUGAAGAACAGCUGGGGUGCUAGUUGGGGUUCAAAAGGUUACAUCAUGAUGACACGUAACAAAGAAAAUCAGUGUGGAAUUGCUACGGAUGCCAGUUAUCCACUUGUCUAAUGACUGCGACAGUCUACAUUCUUAAGGGGGCUCUGUCAUGUUCAAGUCUUUCUUGUCAAGGACAAAAUCACCUUUACAUCAAAGAAAACCGCAAAACUAAUCAAUAGUGUAGCUGAAUGUAAUGUAAAAAAGCACAAAAGAUGUAGUUACAAACGCAGCAUAAGGUUGCAGUAAGAUAGGCUUAGAUUGAGUUCGAUUGAAAAUGACUAUCUUGUAAAAUGUCAGCUAAAUUGUUUUAAAGGCACCUUUCAUCAUUAUAGCUUAUGCACUUUAUCUAAGAAACUCAAACUGAAAAACAGUUUACAAGCAAGCCCUGACAGUUAAGAGAAAUGACUCGACACGGUACAUUUUGUAGUCAUUUGCAAUUAAUGUUAGUAGUUUUGUGAUAGCAUGAUUGAGGAGGGAGGAGUGAGUCAGUGUGAGAGACUUCGUUUAAAGGCAAAAAAAAAUGUCAUUGUAAAAAAUUGAGAAAAUUGGGCUUAUGACGGUAAAAGUGUUUUCAUAAUGAGUUUCUUUGUUUUAUAGAACAAGGGCUGUCAUUAUUUAGUUGUUGGAUUCAUUGUUAGCGCAGUUAAGAGAGCUAUUGCUAGUUCAUCUGGGUUAAACGAAUUCCUACAGAGGCAAAGUUGAUUUUGUUCUAGUUCUUAAACUUUUAAUCAAGAUAGUUCCCUGUUAUACGUACGCCAGUUAGGUUAAGAUCGUAGUUUAGCGUUCUUUAGCUGUAAAUAUGAGAUAUUUAUAGUGUAUCAGUAAACCACAAUUGACUUUCAUUACUGUAUUUAAUACAUUUGCAGUGGUUUAAGUGACUGUCUUCGACAGUUAUUUGAAAUCAAACGGUAUUAUUUCUUAAUUACUCCAAGAUCAUGUCAUUACGUUUGACUGUCUACAUUUAUUUGUCUUUAACUCACUGCUUGUAUUUAAAAUAUUUAAGCAAAUGUUUUAGCCAAAUCAUAAGAACAAAACUUUUAUUUCAGUAUUGGCCAAGUUAUGUAUUG